UACGGGAGGACGGCCCUUCACUUCGCCGCAUGGAAUGGAAACUUGAAGAUGGUGAGGCUGCUGGUGGCGAGCGGAUCUCCCUUGAACGCAAAGACCAUCGAUGGCAAGAGGGCGAUCAGAUGCGCCGCAGACCGAAACCAUGCGGAUGUGGUGAACUACCUCCUGACGACUGACCUCGGGCUCAAAAGGAGCGAU